GAUCCGACAUUCUGAUUUGUCGUUUGUCAUGAGUGUGUUUCGGGUGAUUGGAAGCCCAGCUGCGGCAGUAAAGGCAUCGUUAUCUGCCGGUCAAACCAUCAAGGUCGCAUAUGCAGCUGUCGCAGUAUCCAAAUCUCUCCUAACUAUCGAUAGAGGUCACUAUGCUUCUCUGGCCGGUCCAGCUGAGCUUGUUCUUUCUCCGCAGUUCUCUCCUAGCGUGUUCGAGCUGAGCCAGAAGUGGACUGUAAACCCCAGGAACCUGGUUGCCUGGAAUGCCACAUUCAACAACAACGUUAUGGAGGGUCCGGGCGAAAUGGUGCUCAGCGGGCGGGGCGGAAUCUGCCAGAUUGACGUUGGCGUCGGAGAAACACUGGUGGUCGAAGCAGAUAAACUGGUCGCCCACACUGCUUCUGCUGGCAGAACAAUUUUCAGAGAGUCACGAUUCGAUGUGGCAUCAGCCUGGACCUCGUGGAUGUGGGCCGGAGUGAAGGACGCUGUUCAGUGGAUUGGCAAAAAAAGUGGAGAAACCGUAAAAGGCGUCUCUUGGCUAGUGUCGAAACUUGGUGCACCAAAGUUCGACGCACCACAGCUCAAAGCAGCACAAGAGGCAAGCGAGGCAAGCGAGCCAAAGGAGCCAAAGGAGCCCAAAAGGUCCUUUGAAAUGCCACAAAACGUUCUGACCGUUCUCGCCAAAGCCCGUCACUACAAUGCCGUCAUUAGCGACAAGGCAUUCCACUGGACCCACUCUCCCAAGUACGUGUUUAAUGGACCCUGCAGUGUGCUUAUUGCUGCAUCAAAGCAUUGA